GAUACCAAAAUUCUAAAUUACUAGGUUUUGAUUUAAAACAAUUAUUUUUCUAUAUUUCAAAAUUUGAGGUGUUCUAUUUUUUUAUUUAUUUUAAAUUUUAAGGAAAAUAUUGAACAAUUGAAUCAUUGUUUUUAAAAAUAUAUUAAUUAAAAUACCAUUGAUGAUAAAUAAAAAGUGCUUAUUUUUAUUUUCAAUUAAACGCAUUCCAUUAUUAAAUCAUUAAAGUGCAAAUUAAAACUAACAAAAUUUUUUAUAGAUCAAAAUGGGUAUUAGUCGUGAUUCUCGUCAUAAAAGAUCAGCCACUGGUGCUAAACGUGCUCAAUUCAGAAAGAAGAGAAAGUUCGAAUUAGGUCGUCAACCUGCCAACACCAAAAUUGGUGCCAAACGUAUCCACUCUGUUAGAACUAGAGGUGGUAACCAAAAAUUUAGAGCUUUGAGACUUGAAACCGGAAAUUACUCAUGGGGUUCUGAAGGUGUUUCAAGGAAAACAAGAAUUGUUGGUGUUGUUUAUCACCCAUCAAACAAUGAAUUGGUUAGAACUAAUACUUUAACCAAGGCUGCUAUUGUCCAAAUUGAUGCCACUCCAUUCAGACAAUGGUUUGAAAGUCACUACGGUCAAAAUUUAGGUAAAAAAGUUAAAGGUGCUGUUACCGAAGAAAUCAAAAAAUCAAGCAAAGUUCAACGUAAAUUAGCUUCAAGAGCUUCCAACUCCAAAAUUGAACCUGCUUUAAAUAACCAAUUUGGUGCUGGUCGUCUUUAUGCUUGUGUUUCUUCCAGACCAGGUCAAUCUGGUAGAUGUGAUGGUUACAUCUUAGAAGGUGAAGAAUUAGCUUUCUACUUAAGAAGAUUAAAUACAAAAAAAUAAGCCUCUUAUAAAUUAUAGUGUUUUUAAUUAAUCAAGCAUUGUAUGUUUAUAUUUUAAAAUUUUGUAUUUUCAUUUAAAUGGGGAAAGUGUGUAAUCUAAUUUGAAAUUUUCUUUUCGAUUUUAAAAUAAAAAAAAACUACGGAAUAUCCAUUUAUCGUAAUAAUUAAAUAAAUUUGUAAAAAAAUUAUCAAAUAAACAGAAAAAAUUAAAUUUAAAUAUAUAAGUAGACAAAGUUGACAGGGAAAAAUUAACCACCAACCAAAGAGAAAACUUGAUAACAAAACUGGAAAAUCACAAACGUUC